GAUAAACACUAGCACUAGCAACACCACCACCAAAUUUCCAUUAUCAAAAGCCACAUAGAGUGCAGAGAGAACUUUGCCCUCCAAGUUCCAAACUUGAAACCACCCCGGCCUUCUCCAUCUCCAUCUCCAUCUCCAUCUCUAGACCAAACUCUGGCCCUUGACAAAGUCCGGCAAAGGGUCUAAAAAUAUACAUAUAUAUAUAUAUAUAUAUAUAUAUAUAUAUAUCCCCGCACUCGUCCCUUUGACUACAAAGAUCAUGUGGCGUAUGCUGGCAGCAGUGAGGCGAAACCUCCAAAACAUAAAGAAGAGCCCAAGAGUUGCCGAUGAGAGUAUGUUUGCAGGUGGAAAUGGAGGUCGUGAUCAGUUGCCGAUCUAUGGGCGUAGACAAAAUGGUUGGAAUGGCUUUUCGCUUAUAUACAGCGUUGUGCGAGUUCCGAUUUCGAUUCUUUCGUGCUUUUCACACCCACAUGUGAAUGGUACCGAUGGGGUGUGGGUGUCAGGUGAGUUUGCACAGCUUUCAGAGAUGAAUCAUCUCAUGGUAAACGACAGCAUGCGCUAUGCAAUACUAAUGUAGAGAUGUCAACGUAAUUGAGCAUUAGAUUGGUUUAGGGUCUUGCUUUCGAAAGGACUUUGGGGUUUUCUACCUUCUUUACAGUAGUUUUUUUUUUUUUUUUGGGCUUCUUCUUUAUAGUAGUAGACAAGUACUUGCAGGGAUAUAUAUUGUAUAUUGCUCGCCUAGCUAGCUAGCAUGUGGUGAUCAGUGUAUAAAAAUAGUUUUGUACGUCUACCAGUAGUAGUACUGGAUUUAUAAUGUUGGUACCAAUUAAGUGCUUUCUACAUCCAUAAAUGAAUGGAGUCCAUGGAUUUAUAUGAA